AUUUAUAUUCAUCAUAAAAGAUAUAAUUUUAUCCAUUAUAAUAAAUAAUAAUAAUAAUAAUAAUAAUAAAAAGACUCAAGACUUCUUGAAUUUUAAAAAAUGAAAAUACCAACUAAAUUAGCACCUGAAUUACAAAAUGCAAUCUAUUUCAUUUAUACAUGUAGAAAGUUCAAUAAUUUAGAAGCAAAGCUUGAGUCAAAGUUUACAAUAUUAGGCUUCUCAAAAGAAAGAAAGAAAAAAAAAAAAGAAACUUAAUUACAAUAUUAGCUAUUGAGAAAAAUCCAAAAUUAGAAAUUAUAUGUGCUUAUAUGGAACCUGCCGUGGGUCAUUUGGCCCUACUGACCUGCCCUUAACUUCCUCACUCUAUAAAUAUAAACCUACCCCAUAUACAUUCAUUAAAAUCCUCUCUAACAUCAGCAAAGAAAGGAUCAAUAAUGGGGAGGAGAAAGAUAGAGAUGAAGAUGGUGAAAGACACGAGUUCUCGGCAGGUGACUUUCUCAAAGCGGCGCACCGGUCUAUUCAAGAAAGCAAAUGAGCUCGCAACCUUGUGCGCAGCUCAGAUUGCCAUUGUGGUUUUCUCUCCCGGAGGCAAACCUUUUUCCUUCGGCCACCCGACUGUUCAGUCUGUUGCCGAGCGCUUUCUAAAUCAGGACUUGAACAAGAAACCAAGAGUUUCUUUCCAGGAGGCCAGAUUGGAGAAGCUUAACAAGCAGUUGAAUGACGUGCAGAAGCAGCUUCAGUAUGAGAAAAAGAAAGAAGCGUUUCUAAACAAGGCCCUGAAAGCGAGCGGAAUUCCAAAAUAUGACGAAAUGAGUGCUGAUGAGCUUCUGAACUUCAAGAAAGCUUUGGAGGAGCUUCGUGAAAAGAUGAAAGCCAGAGUUGUUGAAAUGGAGGCUUCCUCUUCACUGCUUCUCCUUUCAGAGAAACAAAAUCAAGAAAAUCGAGACCAGUAAUAGGUUCCUAGAAAAUGACAUUUAUGUAUGGAACUCCAAAAUUAUAACUCAAGAAAGAGUAGGUUCCUAUAAUUUAACUAUCUAUUCCAAUA